GUCCCAGGCUCAGACCGGCCCGAGCAGGUUUGGGGUCAGGCGGCGGCGCCGCCCCCGGGCCCGGCCAUGGUGCAGGCCUGGUACAUGGACAAGUCGGCUGACGACCCGCGGCGGCCCCACCGCGGGGAGCCCGCGCUCCCGGUCGGCCUGGAGCAGCUGCGCGGGCUCGGGGUCCUUUACUGGGAGCUGGAUGCUGACAAAUAUGAGAAUGAUCCAGAAUUAGAAAAGAUCCGAAAAGAGAGAAACUACUCCUGGAUGGACGUAAUAACCAUAUGCAAAGACAAACUACCAAAUUACGAAGAAAAGAUUAAGAUGCUUUAUGAGGAGCAUUUACACCUGGAUGAUGAGAUUCGCUACAUCCUGGACGGCAGUGGGUACUUCGACGUAAGGGAUAAAGAGGACAAGUGGAUCCGGAUCUUCAUGGAGAAGGGAGACAUGAUCACUCUCCCCGCCGGGAUAUACCACCGCUUCACGCUGGACGAGAAGAACUACGUGAAGGCCAUGCGGCUGUUUGUGGGAGACCCAGUGUGGACGGCGUACAACCGGCCGGCUGACCACUUCGAGGCCCGCGGGCAGUACCUAGAGUUUCUGGCACAGACGGCCUAGCGGUGCCCUGGGGCCUGGCGCACCCUGGCCCCCCCUUGUGAAGGUCCCAGACCUGAUGGCAGCAGAAAAUCAGUCGUAUUCUCUUUGCUUUUGUGUUGUAGACUUGAGGCUAGGUGAGCUUUCCUCUGCAAGAUUGUUGCAUCAGAAUAUGUUUUAAUGGGAGCAGCUGUAGAACCGGUUUGUACGUGGAAGCACCUGUGGAGAUCUGGGCAAAUCCGCUCAUUUUCUCUGAUUCAGGAUUAGUGGUCAGUGGCCCUGUGUCAGCUCGUGCCUUCAGCUGUGACCCAGUGAGUUUCAGCGCCCCAAACGCAGCCACUUAGCUGCCCCAUCUGGACCUGAUUCUUGGACUUUAAGCAGAUACCAGGCGAGGCCACGCCUGCCCUGUGCGGAGGAGUGACAGUGGAUGACAGGAGUGGACAGAGAGAAGACGCUUUUCUCCCAAAACACGGGGGAAGCUGGGUAG